AUGAAGCGAAAAAUUCUAUGUUCGUCAGCAGAUAUCGAAUGUCCAUGGACUGGAUUAUAUGAAGAAUAUCAAGAGCAUUUAAAAACGUGUCCAUAUACAGCAUUAAGAGCCAUGCUCAGUCAAAUUAUUGCUAACAACAAACAACUUACAGAACAAGUGAAUCAACAACAAAUUCAGAUUGACACAGCUAAAUCCUCAAUACCAAAUAAUAGUUCAUCGUCUGCUACAAACGUGCUCUGUGAUAAUUGUUCUGAUUGUUGGCGAGGUGCUGUUCGCGGUUCUUAUUUCCGAGGUCGUCUCGGUGGUGGCUUUCAACCUGGUAAAACUCUUACACCUUGUGCUUGUAACUGUCAUGAAUAA